CAUCCUAUGAUGAUGACAUCAGAGAACAACUCUUCUCAUCCUGUGUCCUUCAUCCUCCUUGGAAUACCAGGACUAGAAAAUUAUCAGUUUUGGAUUGCUUUUCCGUUCUGUGUCAUGUAUGCAGUGGCUGUAGUUGGCAAUAUCACUGUCCUUCAUAUCAUUCGAAUUGACCACACCCUGCAUGAACCCAUGUACCUCUUUCUGGCCAUGUUGGCUGUUACUGACCUCAUCCUUUCCUGCUCUACCCAACCUAAAAUGCUGGCCAUUUUCUGGUUCCAUGCUCAUGACAUUGAAUACCAUACCUGCCUCAUCCAGGUCUUCUUCAUCCAUGCCUUUUCUACUGUGGAGUCUGGGGUGCUCAUGGCUAUGGCCUUGGACCGCUAUGUGGCGAUCUGCUUUCCACUCCGUCACUCUACUAUCUUGACCCCAUCUGUAGUAGCCAAACUAGGGGCAGCCGUGGUGAUAAGAGGGACGAUUUGGGUGAGCCCCUUCUGUAUCAUGAUCUCUAGGAUGCCCUUCUGUCCCAACAAAGUCAUUCCCCAGUCCUACUGUGAGCACAUGGCGGUGCUGAAGUUGGUAUGUGCUGACACUAGAGUAAAUCGUGCUUAUGGACUCUUUGUGGCAUUCUCUAUCAUUGGUUUUGAUAUGAUUGUAAUAGGUAUAUCCUAUGUCAUGAUUUUGAGGGCUGUGCUGAGAUUGUCCUCAAAUGAAGCUAGAGCCAAGGCAUUUGGCACAUGUGCCUCUCAUCUCUGUGUUAUCUUGGCUUUUUAUACCUCAGCACUUUUCACUUUCCUUACCCAUCGCUUUGGUCGUCAUGUACCCCGAGUGGUACAAAGAAUGUUUGCUAAUGUCUAUCUCCAGGUACCUCCCGUGCUAAAUCCCAUCAUCUAUGGAGUUAGGACCAAACAAAUUCGAGACAGGGUUAUGCAAGGAUGCUGUGGUAAGGAUCCCUGA